AUGAACGUCGACAAUCAAGUUCACCAGCCGCCGCCGCCUCCCUAUCGACCCCUUGAGACAGCAGCCGUUGUCGCAAAAGCAUCUUCCCGACUCGCGGGUGGAGAAAGUCGAGCAUUACCCAAGCUACCUGAGGGCCGCUGGAACCUGGCGUGCAGCAUCGGCUUGACGAGACCGCAGCUGCAACUACGCAGUGAUGGAAAACUCUCCUGGAUGCAUGUGCCUGAGGAUGCAAAGAUCAAGGGGUUUGAGAGAGAUGGGUUUUUUAUCACAAAAGGCGCUGGUCAGAUAACAGUGGCCUUUCAGGACACCGAGUGGACGUGCAGUUCGUCAAGCACUGCGGGCAUGCUUCUGUCAGAUCCUCAUCGCCAAGUGCGUCUGAUGCGGCUGGCGCAGGAUUUGGUUGUCUACGAGCAAGCCAACGUCAAUAAAGAGCCGGGCCUUCGUCGACCUUUGAUGGCCACGGAAGGUCAGUCGGAGCCGCUCACGGUCGAGAUAGGAUCUUCCGGAAUUCUGACGAUCACUGGUGCGGCCGUGUACCAGGUCGACGGCGAUGGGGACGAUGUCGUGAUGGUAACGUCUCACCAGUACCGAGACGGCCGAGACAAUACUGUGGGAGAGGCUAUACAGGAUUUAUCAUUAUGGGAUAGGAAGGAAGGGAAAUUCAGAUGGACACACAGUUGCGAAAAACUAGGACGAAUAUGGGGCUUUACAGAAACCUUCAUCCUAAUGAAGGUGGGAAACGUUCAUUUACACCGUCGGAAUGACGGUAAGACCCACGGUACCUUCCUAUGGCCAUCGAUCAAAAACUUUAUCGAGUUCACCCCGCAUCACGACCAUGGACCGGUCAUGAGCACAAAUGGAUUGCUCUUGCGCAAGCCAUGCAGUAAAGCUAUUUUCAUUUGGCAGGUGCGAGACAAGCGCGUUCAUUUUCGCAUCUGGGAAUCGACAGCAGACAUUCAAGGACAUCUGGCGCUGCGUGGCAGCCUUGACCAGCUUGAGCUGGUUCUCGUCGGUCAGCAAGCCAGAUGGACUCAGUACGAGGUAACGGAACCAAUUUACAAAUGGAGCCCUCUUCGGAGGUUCAUGAUGGAGAUGUUUUGA